GCGAGAGGGAGAGAGAGAGAGUGAGCCAUACAGACUCUUGGAAAAUGAGUCGAAAGACUUACUGAAAGAAGAUCCGCGAAAUCGGAAUUUUUUAUGAAGAAAAACAAGCGAUUCGAAGAAAAAUAAAGGGAUUAGUUUGAAAAAGCUUUUGAAACUUAGGAAUUCGAUAUCAUUUACCAUAGAUAGAAAGAAUGGGCAAUACAAAAUCGAACCAAAAAAAUCAGGAACACAUUUCCGAAAUGAAUAGAAUUAAGAUGGAACGUUGGAUUCAAAUGCAUUAUCAAAUAAAAGAACGUGAGCGAGCCCUCGAGAUUUCCAAGAAUCGCGAACUUUUUUAUUGGCUUGGAGCAUUUUAUAAUGUGUCUUUAGUGGGAUUGCUUUACAGAUAUAAAGUUACAAAACGAACAACCAAUUUGAUGGCUGUGGUACCAUUAACGUUUGCACUUGCAUAUUAUGCUGAUUUGGCGUACGGAAGUAAAUUGUAUCGAAUUAGAGCCGAGGCUGAUAUGAUAAUGCAAAAUGAAUCGGAUUUGUUAGAGUGGCCGCAUGGAUUACCAACAGUGUCGAGCAUCGAUCAGGCGCGUAUUAACACCGAGAUGGAAAAAAAAUUGCAUCCAUCGACACCAUAAAGGCUCAAGCGAUAUAUAAACUAGUUUUCGAGAAGUGUGACUUUAAAAUAAUCUGCGGAUAUCUCAGCACAACCACCAGCCGUGCAACCAGUCAUCGCAGCCAGAAUCACUUUAAGAUUGUAUUUUAUUCGUUCGAAAUGUUGGAAUGAAACGAUAAUACACCGAUUGACUAGGAGCGUGCGUGUGUCUAAUUUUAAAGGUUUCUCGACUAUGAACAAAUAUCGAUUUAGAACAUUUACUGACAGUUCCUGGGCUUUUGAAUGAAUACGAUUUUUUUUUUGUCGAUUUUAGUUUCGUUUCAAAAAGAAAACAGUUGGAAAAAAUAACAUUUUUGAAUAUUAUUUCUACAAAACCUAUUUUAAAAAUGUUAACA